AUGACAUUAUAAGAAACGUGACUAUUUCAAACAUUUCAUCUGUGGAUGUAGAGGUAUCGUGGCACGUGUUUUUGUGGCCAAAUAAGGAUAUUGAGUCGGACCAGCCCGCAUUUAAUUUCCUUUGUGAUGUUAACAAAUCAAGUGAAAACAUGUUUGAUUUUGAUUUCACCGAGGAGUAUUUUGGGAUUGAAGGCUGCAAAUUUAUAGAGGUUUUUCCAACUAAAAGUCAGGUCUCUAAAAACAGCAAGGAAACAAUAAAUAUUUUAUUUUCGCCAAAAAAUGUCGAAACUGAAGAGAAACAACUUAUUAUCAAAGGAUAUAUCUUUGGUCGAAUAUUUGUUAACAAAGACGAUAGGUUCAAGUCAAAUUAUUUUUUUAGACAACGUAACUUUAUUAUUGUGGAGAUUUCAGUUAGGUUAUAUAGACCUUAUUUAGACUUUUCCAUAGAAAACGAUCAUACAAAUUUGCACAUUUUCGCAAACGAUGUAAUAUUACAGAGGAAAUCAGAUUUCGAAUUCAAAUUCAAAGCAAGGAAUCCUUUAAGUUGUACUGUAGAAGGGCGAUUGGAUGUUGGCAAGCCAUUUUGUCCCAAAAAGGACGAAGUUGACUUCGCUUUAGCUCCUGGAGAAUGCAAAAAUAUUAUUAUUCUAUGCAGUGUUACUUACGAGAAUAUUCACACCUGGGCCGAAAAACUGUACACUAAACCUGUUGCACCAAUUGACGCAAUUCAAAACGCAGAUGCCAAUAAUUCCAGACAUGAAGUAAUAGAUGACGGACCAUUUCAUUUUGACGAAGACAACAAGUCUAUUACCAUAGCACAGAAUUUAUUAAUUCGUUAUUCAGAAGAACUGAAUGAAGUAAUUCCCUUACGUAUCAACAUUUAUUAUCCCAGUAUUUCUGUCAUUCCCGUUCAUAUCAAGUUCGGAUAUGUUUUAAAUGGUUGUACUGAAAAAGCUGUUGUAACAUUGUUUAAUAAAUCAGGUAGUAAGGUUCUUUUUGAAGUGUACAAAACAACAGCUACUCAAGAAAUUGUGGUUAAUCCACCUCAUGGAGAAAUAGGACCAAGUAGAGGAGCCAAUUUGAACUUUGUAAACCUUGCUGUAUAUUUUACGCCUACACUAUGUACGAAUUAUCAAGAGUGUAUACGAAUAGUAACAAACAUUCCCCAGCAUUAUAUAGAUAUUCCUAUCAAAGGAUCCGGAUCAUUAAAUGAAAAAUUUCUUACUAAACUGUAACUAUUUAUUAUAUUAUCA